GACAAACUUUAUAAUAGCGUUGGAAAGAAAGAGAGAGAAGAGAUAUGCACAUGGAAGAGGAAGGGAGAAUGAAGAAUGAGGAGGAGGAGCCACUCAGCCCGAUGGCGCGUCUAUUCCAAUCGCCAGACACAGGCAUGUGUAACAUCAUCAACAUUGGGUUCAAAAGCAAAAUGAACCCCGAUGUUGUUCUUCAUGCUUUGAGGCACAAUGUCUACAAGCAUCCUCGUUUCUGCAGCAAACUGUCUGAAAAUGGUGCAAAAUGGAUCGAGACCGACGUCAACGUAGAAGAUCAUGUAAUUGUACCGUCCAUAGAUCCAGAAGAGAUAUGUGAUGGUGGACAAAGCUACGUCGAUGACUAUAUCUCACGUCUCACAAUGAUUCCUCUAGAUAGAUCACGGCCUUUGUGGGACAUUCACAUCCUUAACGUCAAAACCUUGGAUGCUAAAGCAGUUGGUAUAAUAAGAUUUAACCAUGCGUUGGGAGAUGGAAUGUCCUUCUUUUCCCUCGUGCUCGCAUGUACCCACAAAACAUCAAAUCCAGACAUGUUGCCUACUGCUAUUCCUUCUGUGAAACGGCGAAGCACUGUGUCGCAUAGACUUAAAAAAAAUGACUGGUUCUUACGGGCAAUAUUCACCAUUGGUUCUACAUUGAGACUGAUAUGGAAUACAAUCGUAGAUAUGUUCUUGCUAUUUGCGACAAUGUUUUUUUUGAAGGAUACAGAAACGCCACUGAAAGGCCGUGCGAAUGUCAGGAGCAAUCCAAAGAGAUGUUAUCACCGAAAUAUCUCUCUCGAUGACAUUAAACUUAUCAAAAAUGCUAUGAACAUGACCAUCAAUGAUGUUCUACUCGGAAUUACACAAGCUGCUCUUUCUAGCUAUAUUAACCGACAAUAUGAACAACAAGACAAGAAUAAUGAGGAGGAUGGCGCAUUAUUGACUUCAUAUCCGAACAGUCUUCCAGAUGGAAUACGAUUCCGUGCAGGUUGUACAGUAAAUCUAAGGCCGGACAUCGGUAAACCAUCGAUGAUUGGUCCCUUUGAUGAAGCUCCAGUCGCGGCACUUUUGGAUCUCUCCUUUGGUUGGGAUCGAGUUCCUUCUCGAUUCAACCUUGGUCAGUAG